AAAAACAAAGGCAAAUGUGACAUAACAACACAAAGAACAAAUCAGAACUCUGUUUGAUAAUCUUGUCCCCUUAGAAAAGCAAAUUUUCCUCCUAUCAUCAAUGCUUCUUCAACCACAUUCACUCUGUUUCAUAAUCUCACUCUCUUUCUCUCUCAAACCUCAUUAAUCCACUGAAUUAAUCACUGUUCAUUCUCUUUCCUUAAGUGUCAACUCACAAAAAACCACCAAAAAAAAUCUAACUUUCUUUCAGCUUCUUGGUAAAAGAUGUCUAAGAAGAAGAAAGGCAGCGACUUUAAGCUUCUCUGUUUGUUCCUGCUUCUGGUUAGUUUGACACAGACAGAUGCUUCUUUUGGUGUAGGAGGCGGCAUUGGAGUCGGGAUUGGCGGUGGUGGGGUUUGGGUAGGCGGUGGUGUCAACGGCGGUAACCGUUAUCCAGUUCCGGUAACGGCUCCAAACACUGUGGCUUACAAUGCUCUUCAAGCUUGGAAAUUCGCCAUUACAGAGGAUCCUUCUGGUGUUCUAAAGACAUGGGUUGGAUCAGAUGUUUGUUCUUACAAAGGGGUUUUCUGUUCUGGUCAGUCUAUAACCUCCAUCGAUCUUAACCAUGCAAAUCUAAAAGGCACCAUAGUCAAAGACCUCGCUUUUCUCUCAGACCUCAACAUUCUUCAUCUCAACAGUAACAGAUUCUCUGGCCAAAUCCCAGAUUCUUUCAAAUCCCUAGAUUCUCUCCAGGAGCUUGAUCUCAGCAACAAUAGAUUCUCGGGUCCUUUCCCUUUAGUCACAGUCUACAUCCCCAAUCUGGUUUACCUCGAUCUCCGAUUCAAUAAUUUCUCAGGAUAUGUCCCUGAAGCUCUCUUCAACAAGCGAUUAGACGCGAUUUUCCUCAAUAAUAACCAAUUCGAAGGAGAAAUCCCUCGGAAUCUCGGAAACUCUCCGGCUUCGGUGAUCAAUCUCGCCAAUAACCGAUUUUCCGGCGACAUUCCGACGAGUUUCGGCCUAACGGGAUCGAGGGUGAGAGAGGUUCUGCUCUUGAAUAACCAGUUAACCGGUUGCAUACCGGAAUCUGUAGGAAUGUUCUCGGAAAUCGAAGUCUUUGACGUCAGCUACAAUUCGUUGAUGGGCCAUGUCCCUGACACCAUCUCUUGCUUGUCGGCGAUUGAAGUUUUGAAUAUUGCGCACAACAGAUUCUCCGGCGAGGUUCCCGAUUUGGUAUGCUCGUUGAGGAACCUGAUAAAUCUCACUGUUUCCUUCAAUUUCUUCUCAGGGAUCAGCUCUGAAUGCUCCAGGGUUAGUUUCGGGUUUGAUUUCGCCGGUAACUGUAUCCCCGGGAGGAAUUCGCAGCGGCCAAGGCCGGAUUGCUCCGGUUAUUCCGGCGGCGCGUUGAGCUGCUUCAGGAUUCCGACGCAGCCUUUGGCUUGCGCUGGGAUAAGCGUGGGACUAAAAGAGAGCAGCAAUCAUUACACUUCGUCUCCAUGAAUGUUAGUAAAAGUUAGGAUCUUUUUAUGCUUAAAGACCUAUCCUUUUUGUGACUUCCACUAGAAUCAAAAAUCUUAAUUAGUUAAUUCGUAACUAAUCUUCUGUGUAACCGGUUUUUGCCAAUGUUUAUUUUUUUCUCUUUUGUAACCAGAAGAAUUUUGUAGACUCUAAUAUAAGAAGAAUAUGGAGCCAUUGUAAUUAAAGCAGCUAUUGGUUUCAGUGGAUUUG